AUGGGCAAGCGGUCUAAAAGGGAGUCUUAUACUUCCCCAAUUGAGCCAAUCAGAAAGCUUGCAUCAAACCGCACGGACCACUUAAACCCCUGUUCAUGGAUACUUGGAGUUGUAUCUGUGCUUCUGGUGCAGAAGCGCGACAUUGAACGACCCUACUGUGAGCCUGUUCACGCCUGUCGAAUCCCCGCAACUGACGCUAUCGACAGCUUCACACACAUGUCUGUGAAGUCCGGUUCCAUGCUCCCAUCUCCCACUGGACUCGAUAGUAUCGCAAUUGGAGCCCAUCAAGAUCCAGAGCAACGGGAGUGUGCGCGUUACAAGUUCGUCCCAAGAAGUCAGGACGAACACAAGGCGCACUACUAG